AUGUCGAUUCACGAAGUGUACGCAGGCAUUCCUGGCUGGACAAACACACGGGUGGAAGACCAGUCGCCGUCGUCACAAUUACACAACUAUCAUUCUUCUGCGAUGAUAAUGCAGUUCAGUGGAUCAUCAGUCUCUGAGUCUCUAAAGCAAGAACCGCUUAUCUCGGAGAAGGGACCUGAUGUAACCAUGGGCCAGUGUGAUAUUCGAGGUUUGGCCUAUUUGAAGGCAGCAGAACAGGAGCACAGCUCACAGGACCCUAGUGACAACUGCUAUAUGGGCUCCCACAAGGGAAGCCAAGGGAAUCUCUCUUGCAGCGACCUUACGGAUGCUGUACAAUCAAGUUCUGCGAGUUCUUGCCCUGGAAGUCCCCAGACUCCUGUCGAUACAGAGCAGCAGAACGAUAGGGGGAAUAUCAAUAGCAAACAGGGCAUGUACAGCCCUGUUACAGAGGAUGCAGAAAUUCAUGAUGUAGAAGAUGAGUCAAAAGGUGCCAAUGAAGAGAAGAUUGAUAGGAAAAAGAUGAAGCGGUUUAGGAGGGCGAAGCUCAAGCGUCUAUCUCUUGACGAUCGGGAGAGAGUUUUGAAAUCUCGAGCACUGCCUGAUGAUUUUGACAUGGCUCAAUCGCUACAAUCGUCCUAUGCGCCAGAGCACCACGGAUAUACCACACCUUUAGUCUCCCCUGGUACCUUCUUUCCACCAGAAGAGAAUGACCCAUACAACUCGGGACGCGUGGGCACAUCAUCAGGAGACGACUAUACAACUUCCCCUUUGAGCACUGUUUCGGCCUAUAGUAGCUAUUUUGGGCGGGGCAGCUCUACCUUUAGUCGCGGCACUGACUCGAUAUCCAGUAUGUCUACGUCCGGUGAUAGCCUUGGUAGCUUCGCGUCCAUAUCUUCCGCGAAUCCAUCCAUUCAUGGACGGGUGAACUUCAUACCCAGGAGUUUUGGCGAGCAGCAGGGGACCAUGCGCCCUUCAGUCCCACAGCUUCACAUGUAUAAUACUUCGGUCAGAGCGAGGACCGGGUCACUGAAUCUCCCUCUCCGUGGCCCCAUACCUUGCCCAACUCCGCCGUUGGAGUACACUGAUACAGAUUCUUCUGUUGACCUCAACAGCACAUAUGGCAGUCGAUCUCUGGACGCGUCUGCUAGAAGAGAUCCCUUUGGUUUGGGUUCUGUAACAGAGGGGUUCAAGCAGAAAACAGUCGGACAAUCUGUGACAACUACGCCAAGGCUAGGUGAAGGAUCACCACCGAAAGUAGGCCAAAGUCGUGCAGGCGCAGCAGCCUUGCAGUCUUCGCCCCUAUCAUCCACACAGGAAGAGGAUCAGCUCUCGGGGCUCGGUCCGCAUUUCAACUUAAGCUCAUUCGGAAUUACCUAUUCCCGCCAAAACCCAUCUUCAAAUACAAACGAUCCAUCUCACCCAUCAAAGAGGCCCGACAUGCAAGGCGCCUAUAACCAGCAUGGCACUGCGUGGCUGCAACAAACUAUCCAGCAGAAGCUGAGCUGUUACCCAACGCCGGAAUUCUCUGCCCCGAGACAGCGAGCCUUCUUUUAUCAACCCAACACUGAGACGAUAUGA